UGAAGUAAAUCUGUUGCUUGCUGUACCUGGGUACAAUUACUAUCGAGCUUCACAGUAUCGAGUGCUAUUUUGACCGGGAAAACAUCAGAUCUUAAGAUAUUUCAUCAAUAAGCUAUUUAAAGCUAAAUCUUUCAAAUCUUGUUUAAAGAAGGUUAGCAUACAAAUUUGAAACCAAAAACUCGCAUAAUUUAGCUGUUCUUGUUAGAAAUGGAUUAUCAGAAAGUUAAAGCGAUGAGCAGCUUGUGUAACGACGAGAUAGUGUCAGAGUUAAAAUGCAGGAACGGAUUCGCAGAGUUGUCUAUUGAGACCAAGAAAGCGGCUGUCCAGCGCGUUAAUGAGACCUCCCGCAAAGAGGCGGAGGACGAGUCUCGAUUGCCCGUCUUGGAAGCAGCGUACAUGACCAUCCUCCAGGGACUGGGGGAGAACACCGACCGCCAGGGUCUUUUACGUACUCCACUUCGUGCCGCAAAAGCCAUGCAGUUCUUGACCAAGGGAUACCACGAAACUGUCUACGAUAUUCUGAAUGAUGCCAUUUUUGAUGAGGACCAUGAAGAGCUGGUGAUAGUGAAAGACAUUGACGUGUUUUCUCUCUGUGAGCAUCACCUGGUGCCCUUCUUUGGAAAGGUACACAUUGGAUAUCUGCCAAACAAGAAGGUGGUUGGCCUGAGCAAGCUUGCAAGGAUUGUUGAGAUCUACAGCCGCAGACUUCAAGUUCAGGAACGCCUGACCAAACAAAUCGCCACGGCAAUCUCCGAGGCCCUGCAGCCGGCCGGUGUAGCAGUGGUCAUCGAGGCAACGCACAUGUGCAUGGUCAUGAGGGGAGUUCAGAAGAUGAACAGCCGCACAGUCACCAGCGCCAUGCUGGGGUCGUUCCGCGAAGACCCCAAGACACGGGAGGAGUUCUUGGCUUUGACAAAGAAUGCCAUGAAACUGAAAACAUAAGUACGACACACACACACACACACACACACACACACACACACACA